CUACCUCUUAUCUUGGGCAUUCACGACAAUUUCUAAUUGCAGGUGAUGGCCCAGCCAGGGUCCGGCUGCAAAGCGACCACCCGCUGUCUGGAAGGGACCGCGCCGCCUGCCAUGGCUCAGUCGGACGCCGAGGCCCUGGCAGGCGCCCUGGACAAGGACGAGGGUCGGGCCUCCCCAUGUACGCCUAGCACGCCUUCUGUCUGCUCGCCACCCUCUGCCGCCUCCUCCGUGCCGUCUGCGGGCAAGAACAUCUGCUCCAGCUGCGGCCUGGAGAUCCUGGACCGGUAUCUGCUCAAGGUCAACAACCUCAUCUGGCACGUGCGGUGCCUCGAGUGCUCGGUGUGUCGCACAUCGCUGAGGCAGCAGAACAGCUGCUACAUCAAGAACAAGGAAAUCUACUGCAAGAUGGACUACUUCAGCCGUUUUGGGACUAAGUGCGCCCGUUGCGGCAGACAAAUCUACGCCAGCGACUGGGUGCGGCGGGCGCGCGGCAACGCCUACCACCUGGCCUGCUUCGCCUGCUUCUCCUGCAAGCGCCAGCUUUCCACCGGUGAGGAAUUCGGACUGGUCGAGGAGAAGGUGCUGUGCCGCAUUCAUUACGACACCAUGAUCGAGAACCUCAAGAGGGCCGCGGAAAACGGGAACGGCCUCACGUUGGAGGGGGCAGUGCCCUCGGAACAGGACAGCCAGCCCAAGCCGGCCAAGCGCGCGCGGACGUCCUUCACUGCAGAGCAGUUGCAGGUUAUGCAGGCGCAGUUCGCGCAGGACAACAACCCCGACGCUCAGACGUUGCAGAAGCUGGCGGACAUGACAGGCCUCAGCCGCAGGGUCAUCCAGGUGUGGUUUCAAAACUGCCGGGCGCGUCAUAAAAAGCACACACCGCAGCACCCAGUGCCGCCCUCAGGGGCGCCCCCAUCCCGCCUUCCUUCCGCCCUGUCCGACGACAUCCACUACUCCCCCUUCAGCAGCCCCGAACGGGCGCGUAUGGUCACCCUGCACGGCUACAUCGAGAGUCAGGUACAGUGCGGGCAGGUGCACUGCCGACUGCCUUACACCGCGCCCCCUGUCCACCUCAAAGCCGAUAUGGAUGGGCCGCUCUCCAACCGGGGUGAGAAGGUCAUCCUUUUUCAGUACUAACGCUGCCGGCACUUGCGCAUCUGUCCAUGGGCACCGCACAGCUGCCCCUCAGCCGCUGAGAUCCAGAUCCAGCUGCGACCAGGGAUUCACCACCUCUGCAUACACCCCCACCCACCAUCCUGCCCUCUGCCAGCAUGGCCCCCAGGCCUGCUCUUUCCCUCUCCUGCUGAGAACCAGAACCUGCCAGGAGCAUCAUAGAGUCCUCCUCUUGGAAGGCAGGGCUUCUUGAAAUGUGGAAUCAGGGUGAAAACAAGCAGCCUGCUCUUCCUAUUUAAACAGGAGUCAUCUUCAGCUUCAGCUGAUCACAAUAGCAAAAGGCGAAUUGAAUCACAUGACACCAACAGUCUCCUAAUUUAUAGGUUUUUCUCCCUGCCCCCCCCCCAUAUUGGCCUUUAUUUACUACUUCCUUGGAACCAUCUCUGAAUUCUGAAUAGCCAACAGCCCCCAAUGUUAUACACUCUGUUGCUUUUGUCUGGAAAACACUACAGUGUUUGUGGGAUGUCCCCAAAGGAAAGCUGUGUUCUAAUUUUAUCAUUUCCAUCUGUCUGGUUAUGUCAAGUUAACUCAGAAAAAGAAGAGACACUGACCAACCCUGAGAGGCCCGACCCAGCAGAGAUGGAGGCCUGCCCAGACUGAGAGGCAGAGGGACAGGAGGGGAUGGGUGCCAAAGACUCCCCAUUGACUUGGUGGAGAGGAACCAAGCCCACUGGACCUGGAGAGGUGCUGACCAUUUUGUGCAGAAGAAAGAGAAAACUUGGGGAAGGCCCUUCCCCCACCUAAUAAUUAUCUAGCAUAUAUGCAGGAAUCCUGACAGUGCGAUGACACUGCUGAAUGUUUGGGUGGGCCAGUGUUGGGGGCCGUUGUUUGGCCACUUCCACAGUCCUGAUAGGAGGGCCUGGGCCAGUCUUUUUGGGGGUGGGGGUGGAACUUCUGGGGGCCAAGGGACAGAGCCCAGUGAAAUGGCAGCCAGAAUGUUAUUUCUGAUUCAUUCCUGAAUGGAGAAGUGCCCAUGGACUAGGGGAGUACACCAAGCCCAGGAUUCUAGCUGGCACCUCCACAGUUCCCCCAUCAGCCCUACACAGCCCACCUGCUCCUGAGAACAGAUGCCAAACCUAGCUACACAUCCACCGCAGCGUGCUGCAGCUCUUCCACUCCAAACAAAGGGCUCAGGCCACAUAGGACCACAAUUUAUGUUUUCACAGAAUGUUCACUUGUCCCAAGCUUAUCCUAUAAUUUGAGAACUAUUUGGUGGCCUGGGGUAUUUCCCACCAGAGGCUGCUAGUAAGCAUGUUUUAGCCAAAGUCUUCCUUGGUUUUGGAAGGAGACCCCAGGACAGAGAAAGCAAGUUCAUACUAUAUGUGCAGCUGCUGUCCCUGCUUCAUCCACAACAGACAUCACUAAUCGAUUGCAGCACUCCUUCUCACAGAGUCUGGAUAAGGUUUCAGAAUUCACAUGCUUGAAGUUGGCACUUAAACAAGAACCAGUGUACUGUUUGCUCUGGGACCUGGAGGAGAGUUAGGCAUGGGUGAGGCCCAGGAAAGGAAUCUGCAUCUUCUCCCUAAGAUGUCACAGUUGACUGAGGACAGAGAGAAAGCACCACUCAAAACGCUGUUGAGUGUGGCUCAGUUCAGAACUCAUCUAGUGCCCCGUGCUGGGCACUGACGUGAACAGGAGGCACCUGAGCCUGAUCCUUGGCUUUGGGGAACUCAGAUCUUUCCUUUCAUUUUCACUCUUAAUGAACAAAACACCCAUGGCAACCAUGUAGUAAGUGGCCAGCUGAGCCCUGACCAGGGUUACCCAGUACUCACCCUGCCUUGAGCCUUCCCCCAGGGUCUGUUUCUUGCGUGGAUCAUGUGGCCGUAGCAUGUUGCAGUUCAAACGUCUCCACUACCCUGUUAAGAACAGUCUGGGAACGUAUAGGCCGUCGAGACUAUUUAUUUAAAUACAAAAGAAGGGGAAAAACACACACAUGGAAAAAAAAUUGUAAGCACUUUUUUUGUAAAACCAAUGUCUGUUUUGUUACAUAUCUUUCAUGUCGUGCUUUGUAAAUGUCUUAUUUGUGUAAUAAAUAAAGUUAAUGCAAGUAGAAGUGCUGGCACUUAAAUCCAGAACAUGAUGGGA